AGCAUGUAUUAUAGAUGUUCUGUACAUUGAAUGUAUGAAGUAGUUUAAUUCGUUUCUCUCAAACUGGAUACCCAAGUUAUGUAAUUUUAUCAUCGGCUGAUUUGUGAUGCCGUCUACUUACUUGACCGCUAAUGGAAAGCGUGAGCUGGAGGUGAAGCCGGCCUACUCGUGGCUGGGGGACAAAAUGAGACAGGCUGUCAGUCAUGACGUCAUCUGCACUGUCGGCUGUGGGGGAGUGGAGUGCAAGUUUUGUGUACCGGAGGGCAAGUUCGAUAAACAGGAUUUCGUGAUUGAAGGCUUGUUUUCCAACUGGGUGGAGCCACACUUCGUGGCCAUCUCGAGGCCAUCCACUCGAGCCAUGGAGAAGUUCCACAUCGUGGACCAGUUUCUGCAGCUGGGAGUGAAAUCAAUUGUCAACUUAACUACUCCAGGAGAGCACAGCAACUGCGGGUUUGAGCUGGAGUCCAGUGGAUUUUCCUACAUACCAGAGGACUUCAUGAGAAGGGGAGUCUUCUUCUAUAACUUUCCCUGGCCAGAUUUCGGAACCGCGAACAACCACGAACUUCUAGACGCCGUACAGGUGGUGGACUUUGCAGUGUCUCAGGGAAAAGUGGCAGUACAUUGUCAUGCGGGAAAGGGACGAACAGGUAGCCUCAUAGCCUGCUACUUUGUGUACGUCCACAGAGUGCCAGCCAGUGCUGCUAUAUUCUACGUCAGAAACAAGAGAGCCGGAUCCAUUCAGACUAAAGGACAAGUGAUGAUGGUGAAAGACUUUCAAACCUUCUUGGAGCAUUUCUGGGUGAUUUUUCCUCGAAUGGAACCUGAAAUUGGACUCCGCACUCUGGAAACUUCGCUGAAUCUUCAGAACAAAAUACUACACGGCUCCGAGAGGAAAUUUUUGAAACAUACGCCCAAGAUUGUUUACGUGGCUUGCAAAAUGCUUCUUGCGUUUGCUGGCCUUAAAGCAACAGAAGAAAAAUUCAAACUCGAAGGUUCCUUGGGCGAGGGAUCUCAAUUUCCGCCUGAACUCGAAAAAAUAAUUGAUCUUUAUUUUGAAAGACGUUUAACAGCUCUUUCAAAUGGAAUCGACAGGUCAUUUGUUCAUCAAAAUAGUGAGCCUGUGCUUGGAAAGGGUUCCUUCAAAUCUAGAAGCUCAGUUGAUCUGACUGAUGUUGGAGGAAAAGCAAAUGAAAGACACAAUUCGGAACCACCUCAUAGAGGAAUGAAUCCACGAGAACAUUCCAGGCUUUCGAUGCACGACAAAGAUCAAGAAAUGCGACUGGACGACGAGCGAGACAGGUCCUGGCAACAUGUUUACCCCGUUGAGAGCGUCAUCUCUAAGGUUUCGGACCGAAAGAUGGAAAGUUUACAGAAGAGAAGAACAUCUGUAGGGUCCAUAGACUCCACUAGCAAACACAUUUAUGACGUUUCGGAUAAGCUUGAAAAUGGCACCGCAGCUCGUAAUGGAAAAGUUUUUCCUGUCGAAGAAAUUUUGGAAGCUUUGAAGUCUUAUGAUGAUGAUUCGGUUCUGGAGGCUGUCAAACUUCUGGAAGAGGAAAUGAAUAUUGCGCCCAGAUGUUGGGAUCUGAUGUUGCGGCAAAAAGAUCCUAAAGUGGUGUCUGUUUUAUUAUGGGACUGGUUUGACCAGCUGAAGUACUCACUCCUGUCAUCCGGGGAUUUAGAGGACCUCAUCAAAUCACCACUGCCAGAACAAUAUCAGGCAGUAAAUAGUGGAACAGACAGUGUCGGCAUUCUGCGGGAGAUCAUCAGAAAUAUACUGAAGAAGCCAGAUGCGACGGAAACAAUACUGACAUUAUUAAGAACUGUUGUCCAUUUGUGCCCGACAGUCAGUGAGUUUUCAGACAUUUUGCCGACGAUGUUGACCCACUUGACGCAAACAGGGUUGAACAGGAAGAGUUCUUUGCAGAAGUCUUCCGGAAGUUUAGAAAAGCGAAAACCAGAUUUAUGGAAUAACUCUUUGAGAGUUUUCACGAACUUCUACUAUCAUUUAAAAUCAAAUAAAGUGAGUAAUGACAAAAAUUUAAUUAGUGAAAGUUUGACUAGCAGCUCAGACUAUAGAGAUUGUGGUCCUAUUGAAGAUAUUUUUUCCACUAGAUGAUAACAAAUUAAUGAAUGAUAGUUAUUAAUAACAGUCUAUAUGUUUCAGAAUCUGUGCAAUCUGUAAGUUUUUCGUAGUGUGUAUCUUACAUUCCAUUGCAUUUUAAGUCAUCAUAGAUAAAAUCAUCAACAAAAAUCGACGGCCAAAAAUUCCAUCUUGUGUUAGUUGGACUGAGUUAGGAUCAUGUUAACAAUUUCCCCCCUAAAUGGACUAAAUGAACUAUUUUCCACCUAAAAAGGUUAACUGCAAGUUUGGUUAACAAAAACAGUAAACAUAAACGUUGGCAUUUAAAACAUUGACAUUAACAGUAAACAUUCAGUUGGCUUAGUGGGAGAUCGUUCACUCGGUCCCUGUUUUCUACUUGAUGACAAAUUGUUGCCAAUACCUUGGUGAUUAUUUUUCAUUCGGUCAAAAAACCGUGUGAUUGCAGUUACUUGUUUUAAGCGUUGAAAUGCAUGAAAAAUACAUUUUGCACAUCAAACAAACCUUUUUUUUAUUGAAGUUCGUAUCGCUUCGUUGACCGAAAAGAAUGUUGCUGACAAAUCGGCUUUAGUUUGUGUUAAUGUUUAUUUUUGUGUGGUAUUUUCUUGUUUGUUGUGUAAGUAUUUCUUGCGGAAAAGUUUUCGUAUGUUUUGAUCCGUCAUGUUUGAUUUUUCUUCAUCAAUAGUUAGGUAAUCGCAAAGCAAUCAAAAAUAUGUUUCUGCUGUAAAUAUGAUAAAUACUGUUAUAAAUUGUACAUAUUUGAACACGCAUAGAUAUGUUCACUGGUAAAUUUAAUUUUGCUAUGU